AUUUUUUUUAGUCAGACAAAAAAAAUGAGUCUAAAAAACCGUGCACUGCGGUUAUAGCAAUAAUCAUGGUCUAAGGGGUUAUAGGGUCAAAUCUCGUUGGAAAAGGUAUAUUCUCUUAAAUUUAUUUAUUGAUGGGAUUUGAGGUUUCAGGGAGAUUAUGGUGAAGUAUGCCAAAGCUAUUGAUGGACUUGCAAAAGAUUUAGCAAGGAGGUUAGCAGAGAGUUAUGGUUUGGCUGAGACAGACUUCUUCAAAGGAUGGCCGAGGCAGUUUCGGAUUAACAAAUAUCAUUUUACACCCGAAACAGUUGGGAAACUCGGAUUUAAUCUACACACAGAUUCUGGUUUCUUGACGAUUCUUCAAACCGAUGAAAACGUUGGUGGACUUGAAGCCAUGGACAAUGUUUCAGGAAAGUUCUUUCCCAUAAGCCCGUUGCCAAACACUCUUGCCAUCAUCCUCGGGGACAUGGCUAAAAUCUGGAGCAACGGAAGAUUGUGCAAUGUGAAGCAUAGAGUGCAAUGCAAUGAAGCAACCAAGAGGUAUACUAUCGCCUCGUUUUUAUUAGGACCAGUGACUGAUUUGGAACCACCAAAUGAGUUUGUGGAUGAUGAACAUCCGCGACUAUACAAGCCUAUUAGUCACGAAGGGCUACGAAACAUUAGAAUGAUCAAGAAGUUGUCUGAUGGAGAAGCACUCAAGCUUAUAACCUAUGAAUGAUAAAGACGUCACGUAAAUGACACGAUAUGGUUUUUGUGUUUUCCUAAUAUUGAGAAUAAAGUUGUAUCUUUAGCCUAUGAAUUUUCGUAGUAUAUUAAUUUGACGAAUUUCAUAUUGAGAUCUUUGUGGAUGCAAUAUUUCUAUUGGAUUUCUGUUUAUUGGUCUACUCAUUUUUUUUUUGUGAUUAGACGCUACAUAUUAGCCGAUUAAGU